UUUAGCACGUGAUACUUCUUCUGCUGGUGAUGUUCUAAACCUUUUGCCUUCAGGCCAGUCCAUGAUCACCUCUAGCAUCCCUGGAUGGCUGAGGUUCCCCAUCCAAGCUCACUGUGUAAUCAGCACAAUCCACUUACUCCAAGAGGCAUCAUUGGCAUGAUGCGUGGAGGGAAUCUUUCCUUUAAACAAAGGGGGAAAAUGUUCCCUUUGGUUAAAAAAAAAAAAGUAUAAAUCAAUCAAAGACAGACCUACUGAGAAUGGGAAGGGACCCCACUGGAAGAGCAAACAUUGGGGAAGGGCAUGCAGCAGCAGGACGGCCAUCAUUGCCUUGUUUCAUGGGCUCUCCAAAGCGGGAGCACGGCACAGGGCCUGGGAUUCAGUCCGUCCUGGUGAGAGGCACAGGCUUUGCGUGGCCCUGCACAGGGCCGGGUCUUAGUGCUGGGGUGGGCUGGAUAUGACCCUGCUGGGCUAAGCUGACUGAGCUGUGCCACACCCCGCUGUUCUUGCAUCACAAACGUUGCCAUAGACCCCAGCUGGUGACAUGGCAAUCCACAUCACAAAGGGGACAACCCAACAUUUGGGCGGAGUGAGGCUGGGCACCACUUUGCCCAUGAGGUGACUGAAGAGAGGAGCUCGAUUGCUUGGCUCUCUGCAUGUCACAGGCAUGGAUACUUUCUGGGGAAUCUGCUUCUUCCUCAGACUGGAGGAUGUUAUCCUCUAUUGUAUGCUCUGGAUCACGCUGAUCCUAUCGUUGCUUGUAUUCAUUUUGACUUUGUGGAAGUGGAAGGGUGGGAGGCCAAGGUGGUACUGCUGCAGAGACAACGUGGAGAAUAACAGAGCUGCGGACCUCCACAAUGCUCUACAGUACUCGAGGACACUCUCUUCCACAAUACCAGAUAUGGCAGAUAUACGUGCAGCAUUCCGUCAAAUGCAGAGAAGACUUAAGAUACUACACAGACGCUUGCAAAUUGCAAUCAUGGAGAUGUCAGAAGACGCCAAUGACUUCUCUUGCUGUGACAGCUCUCUCACUUCCAUGAAGGCAGCAGAAAACUCCAGCUCUUCGAGGGAGUCUCUUGAUGUGAGGGGGAGCAAGUCCCUCACCUCCAAUGUGGCAGUGGGAGCCCGCAGCCCCUCAGAGGUCUCCCUGUCCUCUAGGACUGAUGAGUCCCUCACGCCUGUCGAGGCAAUGGGAGCUGUGUGCUCUUCAAGGGCCUCUCCAUCCUGGAACGACAGCUCCCUUGCUGACGAUGCAGCAACAGAAGCUGGCUGCUCUUCGGGAGCCCUUCUGGCCCUUCCCAGGGAAGGCUACUGUACUUCUGUCAGUGAGCAUGAAGGCAGCUGCAUGGAACAGCUAACCCUGAGCACUCCUCCUCCUUUGCUUGGAGCAGCUUCGGGUCAUGCUGCCACAGCCCAGCCGGGCCUCAUGCUUUCGGAUGCACUUGAGCCCCAAAAAGCGCAGGAAAGCUCAGCCCCUCAGAUGGAGGUGGUGCCCAGAGUGUGGAAGCCGCUGCUCCUGGAUGAGGCUGUGAAAAGGCAGCUGGAGCAGCACCUGGUAAAACUGCAGAUACAGCGGUGCUUUGGGCUACCAGAGAAGGUUCUGGCCUCCUACAAGAUGUUCUCAGAGACCAACCAGGAGCUACAAGACUGCCAUCCUUCUCCACACAGGCACACUGUGGAGCCCUACCGCUCGCCCUUCCUGUGCUGGAACAGGCACGCUUGCACCAGGAAGAGGGCAGUGAAGCCUCCUGGCUCAAAGAAAAAGUCCAUAGCCCCUGUGAAAAAGUGCACAAGAGGAACACAGAUGCCUGCCUACUCUCUGUCAGCUUUCAUGAUAGUGGCAGGAGAGUAUCCUCAGGAAGAUCUGGUGAGAUCCCAGACGAGUGGGACAUGUAGAAGAAUAGUUAGAAGCAGCAGAAAAGCCAUAAAGAAGAUCUGUCCUGUCAGCUUCACAGAGGAGAAGGGCACUAUGACAGAAGAGGAUGAUCUUGGUCCCUCCUUUUCCAUCCUGCAAGAGCAGACAGUGCCACAGAUAGAGGGAGCUCCUCUGGAGAAUGCAGGACAGGACACUGAGAUCCCCACCGUGCCCAGCGGGGGCAACACAGGGGUCCAGGAGCUGUCACAAGGCAGGACUGCUCCUGCAGGAAAUAAUGCCCCACAGAUUGAAGAGGCUUUGAGUAAGGACACUGCCACAACUAUGCCACCACCUCAACACCAUGGAGGGACCAGCCUGGAAGAGACACUCAAAGCACUUAUAGACUUCUACAGGGUCGGCACAAGGGCUGAAAACCAGGUGAACCAGCUGCUGGCUUCCUGGCUGGAGCAGUCCCAGGACGAUGCUGGGCACAGAAGUUCGGAGCCAGCAGCUGACUGUCCCAUUGCCACACUGUGCAGAACACAGAAAGACACACAGAAUGGUAAGGGACUCAGGCAGGACAGAGUGAGGCCCAGAAGGCUCUGCCCCAAGUGCAGCGAAGCCCAAGGACAUGGUGCGCCUGGCAGAGAAGGCACCUGGACUUCAGCUCCACUUGCAAGUGCAGCUGCAGGCACAGGAGGGGACGAGGCAGUGGGCGAGAAACAUCCAUCUGGGGAAGGGGCCAAAAGCGAUCAAGGCCAGAAUCAGACUGCUGAUGCUGCCCAGCAGCCAGUGGGGGCCCGUAUCUACAGAUAUAUGAUAUCGAUCACUACAGUCCAGCAGAGGACGCUUCUGUUCCAGCAGGCCCCUACCAGGACCUCACUGUCACAAGCACAGCAGCUGCCCAAAUGUCAGUCAGCCACGGACAGGAGCUCAGUGACAGGCACACCAUCUUUGCCAAGCUGCUAUGGCUGCAUCACCCCCAUCCUCCUUUGCCUCCAGAGGGCAUGGGCCAAGCUUCUAGAUGCAGGCAAAGCCCUAUGUUCCAAAAUCAGGAAGAAGGGAAGUGAGGAGCCCCAAGGAAGAGGACCAGCCAUGGACAGCCGAGUCUCGCCUCGGGAUUAAGGACACAGCUCACAACUCCCAGGGAAAGGCUGCAACCAUCUCAGGAGGCAAUAGGGGAGGACUCUGUGGUAUUUGGGGCUGAGACUUUCUCAACAGGAGCAUCAGGCAACAUCAGAACCAGGUGCCAGGCAAGCAUGGAGACAGCAAAGGACUGAAUCAGAGUGUGAGGAGACCUGGGCACCUGGGAACACAGGCUCCUGCUGGUCAUGGGGCAGCACCAUCCAGUGAGGGACAUGGACCCAGUGAGCAGCAGAUCCCUGCCAGGACCACCAAGGAACAGGAGCUGUCUAAAUAAAAAUAAUAAUCAUCCCUAAAAAUGUGCUCACAGAUGUCUCUUCUUUCCUGUGGAGGAGCACAAUUGCCAGCUCACUGCUCGUAUGUUCUAGCAGUGUUAAGGUGGGCAGC